AUGGCUCCUAAGGUCUGCGUGAACAAGCUGAAGAAGGAAAUGAGAGCAUUCCUGGCCGAUCCUCCUCCUCACGUUCCAGCAGUGCACGUGAAUGAGAAAAAUAUGCUCGAAUGGCACUACCUCAUCGAGGGACCACCGGACACGCCCUAUGCUGGAGGCAUGUACAUAGGAAAACUAAGAUUCCCGCCGGAGUACCCCUUCAAACCCCCGGCCAUUAUGAUGCUGACGCCCAAUGGCCGCUUUGAGACAAACACACGCAUCUGCAUGUCCAUGUCGGACUACCACCCAGAGACUUGGAACCCCUUAUGGAGCGUGGCAUCCAUACUCACAGGGCUCCUGUCCUUUAUGCUGGAAGACACGGUCACAGCCGGCUACAUGCAGACAACGGAUGAGCAGAAGAAGCAGCUGGCGAGCGAAUCAGUGGCGUGGGUGUUACGCAACAAGCAGCUGGCACAGAUGUUUCCACAGCUGCAGCCGGUAGCAGAGCAGGGCCCAAGCGCAUAUGCUCCUGCCACCCCACCAGAAGAUGGCGACCCAGAUGCUUCUUGUGCCAGUCAAGAUGCUGGUGUUGCGUUGGAAAAUCUCAGCUUGGACGACGGGCGCGAUGAGCAGCCCAAGCAGCCCUCCAAAGCAAAGCAGCCCAAAGCAAAGCAGCGAGGCAGGAGGAACUGACUCUGCAAAUCGCACCCAAGUGUCAUAUUUCUUUUUCCGCAUACAAGUACUAUCCAGGUGCAUGUGUUAUCUCGUGCUGCUUCAAGCCGCACCAAGAGCAGGAGAAGAGAUAACAAGCUCACUUCUGCCCGGUAGAGUCCAGUUUUGCGGAGGCGACACUUGGGCUGGCGGCCCCGGCAAUGCAAAGGCAACCACAACUUUACACCUAGAUGCAGUCGGCAUUAACCCCGUGAGACGGCCUGCCAGCGCUGGCUAGCAAUACUAUAAUAUAUAGUAUAGAUCUUGCAAUUGCUAGCUGUCCCAGAAUAUUUGAACCGCCAUAAUAGUCACUCCGAUGUACAGCAUCACAGUGAUGCUGUACACUGGGUACACUGAAAGUAAAAUGUAAAUUGUAGCUGAUGUUU